GAGAAGGAAAGCAUGGAGUCUCCGGUUAGCGGGGAGAAAUAAUCGGGAGUUUCCUGCGGCUACGGAAACCCGUCUGUGGGGAAAGUAAAAGAGUCUGAAGCAAAGAGCUCCAGUCUUGUAAUAGCCCCGAGCCUGAUUGUUAGCGCUGGGCGAUCCAGAUAGCGUUCAGAAAUGUCUGUUCUGUGCUUGAUCCUGCUUCUGCAUCCUCUGGCAAGUGCCCUUAAGCUACAUGUCCCAGAUGCCCCUGUUGUAGGACUUUUGGGUGAAGAUGUUACACUCCCAUGCUGGUUUGUACCCCCAGCUGGCUUCACACUGCAGAACCUCAGUGUGUUUUGGAAGCUGACAAACUUGCAGGAUGUUCAUUCUUUCUCCCGUGGCCAGGAACAGUUGGAAUACCAGGACCCAGAUUUCAGAAAUCGUACCCAGCUGAUGCCCAUGGAACUGUCUAAAGGCAAUAUGUCACUUCUCCUCCGGGCAGUCCGUCUGUCAGAUGAAGGCACCUACACCUGCUUUGUGAAUGUGGAGAACUCAAGUUUGGAUGUUGUGACAUUACAAGUGGCAGCCUCCUUUUCCAAACCCACCCUCCACUUGGAGCCCAGUGAUGGUUUAAAGCCUGGGGACAAAGUGACCGUGACAUGUCACACCUACCGUGGCUACCCAGAGGUUGAAUUGCUUUGGCAAGAUGGAAGGGGACGUAACCUAACUGAGAAUAUUACCACAUCCCAGGUAGCAAAUGAGGAGGGCUUGUUCCAUGUUCACAGCAGUAUCGUUGUUACCUUGGAGACCAAUGACACCUACACAUGCUUGGUGUACAAUCCGGUGCUGAAAGAAGUGACGCACUCCUCUCUUACUGUCACAGGCCAAAAUCUCCCAUUUCCUCCUGUGGCCCUUUGGGUGACCGUGGGACUCUGUGUUUGCCUUAUUGGUCUCCUUGUGGCACUUGCAUGUGUUUGCAGAAAGCAGCUGAAACAGACAUGUGAGGAGGAGCAGGCUGAGGCCGAUAAUGAGGAACACGAGGAGAAUGGAGAAUUAAAAACUGCAAUGCAGCCUUUGAAAUCCAAUUCAGCAGCAGAAGAUGAUGAUGCACAGUACAUAGAGUGAGAAUAUGCAGUAUGACAUCAUAAAUAUGAUCCUCAAUGCAGAAUUUGGAGAGGGCAUUGGAAUACACCAGACAUUUGCUGGAUAUUACAAGGACCCUUUUAGGACUUUUUCCUCCCUUGGAAUACAUGAUGAACAUAAUUUUAUAAUUUUUUUUUUAAAGUAGUGUUUAAGGGAAUACUAUUAAUACACGAAUGUUAAUAGUUUAAAUAUUGUUGCAGUUGGAGAAGCAUCAGAAAAGAGUAUUAUGUGACUUUAGUAUCUGAUAUAAUGGACAAGAUCUUGUUCAUUUACAAAAGUUAACAAUUUUAAUUCCCAGAAAAGAGUCUGAAUGACAAGUGGUGAACAUAUGAGGUUGUAGCAUCUACCUCCUUCAUGUUACUUUGUAUGUACUACAAAAAGCCUGAGGUUAAUUGGAAGCUGCAGCAAAUCAGAUGACUUGCAUCUGAACUGUCUAAUAGAAACACUGUUUAAUUUUACUGGACUGUGGGAACUGUGCAAUGGUUGGGUGAGUGUCAUGAUAUGACUUUUCUGGUCUCCCAAUUCCCUAUUAAUUUGUCCUGAGUGUUUGUAUUUUUUAAAUAUGUGUAUGUUUUGUCCUUCAUAUCUGCUGGUCGGAUAUGUCCCACGUGACAGCCAAAUGUGACAUGAAGGGAAGAGAAAAUCUACAAGAUCCCAUGAAAAAACUGCAAUACAGUGCCUUUAAUGCAAUGCACAUGCCUGUGGGCAAUUUCAUUUUUUAUUGUUUUGUAGAAUAAUAAAUAAAGAAACCUGUACUCCAUUUUAUUAC